AUGACCGCCGCGCCUCGUAAGCAGUCGAAGACCUACAAGGUCCCCAAGCGCCCGUACGAGGCCGCCCGUCUCGACGCCGAGCUCAAGCUCGCCGGCGAGUACGGUCUCCGCAACAAGCGUGAGAUCUGGCGCAUUCAGCUCACCCUCUCGAAGAUCCGUCGUGCGGCUCGUGAGCUCCUUAAGCUCGACGACAAGGACCCCAAGCGUCUCUUCGAGGGCAACGCCCUUAUCCGCCGUCUUGUCCGCAUCGGUGUGCUUGACGACUCGCGCAUGCGUCUCGACUACGUGCUUGCCCUCAAGACCGAGGACUUCCUCGAGCGCCGCCUCCAGACCCAGGUCUUCAAGCUCGGCCUCGCCAAGUCGGUCCACCACGCCCGUGUCCUCAUCCGCCAGCGUCACAUCCGCGUCGGCAAGCAGGUCGUCAACGUCCCCUCGUUCGUCGUCCGCCUCGACUCGCAGAAGCACAUCGACUUCUCGCUGAAGUCGCCCUACGGCGGCGGCCGCCCCGGCCGUGUCCAGCGCAAGCGCGCCAAGGCCGCGGAGGGUGGUGACGGUGAGGACGCCGAGGAGGACGAGGAGUAGGCCUGCCUCCUCUAAAAGACCCCAGCGGUUCGUCUCGGCUCCUUUGUACAUUGCGGGGUGGUAUAUGCAAAUACUACCAGACCACUCCAGAGGGCCGUAGAGAGGGUCAACACAGACUAGGGCCAUCUGCAUUGCUUCCUAUAUACGUUGGGGGUGGCGGGCUUGGAGGAAUGAGGUGCAUGGACUGCCAU